AUGAGCACAUCGUUGCCGAAAAGCGAAUCCGCCACAUCCCUGCUCAGGUCCACGGGUCUCCAGCGUAGAAGCUCGCAGUCCGAACGCGGUCCGCGCGGCCGGAACCAACGCGGUCAGAAAGGAGCCGACGCCGGCCGGAUGGAGGAAGCGAGCGCGAGGAGACCUUUGUGCCGCCCCGGGCACGCGGAGAAGGGCGCCGAGGACGUCAAGCGCAAGACGCGCCCCAAAUCCGGCAGGUCCAAGCAGUCCGCGGGGCUCGCCAAGGGAUCCCCGGGUGGGGGUAAAGAAAAGCGGGAUGACGCCGACUUCUUUUUCGAGACCAGCGGGAAGAGGGUGAGCGGUUCUGCCUCCAGCCUGAGCUCGGACGCCGCCGCCCCUGUCGCCGCUGCGGCCCCGGCUACGAGACGGCCCGCUUCCGGCCGGAGGUCCAAAAGGCUCAGCACCGUUUCGGACUAUGACGCGAGUUUGCACCCCAUCGUCAAGUCUGUCUUUGGACAAGACCGAGAGCUGCGGCCAGAAGAAAUGGAUGAGUUGCGUGAGGCGUUCAAGGAGUUCGACAAGGACAAAGACGGCUUCAUAGGCUGCAAAGAUUUGGGCAACUGCAUGAGGACGAUGGGAUACAUGCCCACGGAGAUGGAGCUGAUCGAACUUAGCCAGCAGAUCAACAUGAAUUUGGGCGGACAUGUCGACUUUGAAGACUUUGUUGAGCUCAUGGGGCCUAAACUUCUAGCUGAGACGGCUGACAUGAUUGGGGUGAAGGAGCUACGUGAUGCCUUCAAGGAGUUUGACACCAACGGCGACGGUCAAAUAAGCACAGCAGAACUCAGAGAAGCAAUGAAGAAACUUUUAGGACAGCAGGUGGGUCACAGAGAUCUGGAAGAUAUUUUACGUGACAUAGAUCUCAAUGGAGAUGGACAUGUGGAUUUUGAAGAAUUUGUGCGGAUGAUGUCUCGAUGA